UUUAUGCCUAAGAGAGGCAGAGUUUGUGCAUAUAAUUUGUCUACACAUCAAAAGCAACGAAAGCUUCAAACUUUCCUUUCUCCCUUUCUCUUUCACAGCAGACUGCAAAAUUUGAGGAAUCAAGUUCCCCUGAAUCGAGGUUCCCUCUCCUCUCCACUUAAACCCUCACCACCAAAAUCGACCCUCGCUCUCUCUUUCUCUUCCAAAGUCUCAAGCUUUGUUCUUCUGGGUGCAAAGACGCUAGAGAUUCUUUUUUGGUUUGGGAAGGGAUGGAUAUCGUCAAAGGUUGGCUCAAUAAGUUAAAGUCUAAAGGGAAAGACAAGUCCUCUAAAAAGAUGGAAGCGGCUACUAGAAGUAACAAUGUUAAGGAUGAAUCCAAAACAGCUGGAGGUGGUGAAGAAGCUGUGUCCAAUGUGACCAAGCAGAAGGCUGCCGCUGCGAAACAGUAUAUCGAAAAUCAUUACAAAAAACAAUUGCAAAGUCAGCAGCAAAGACAGGAGAGACGUAAUAUGCUGGAGAAUAAGUUAGCUGCUGCAGAAGUCUCUGAGGAAGAGCAAAAGAAUAUGCUGAAGGAUUUAGAGAAGAAAGAAACUGAAUACAUGCGACGUCAGAGACAUAAAAUGGGAACUGAUGACUUCGAGCCAUUGACAAUGAUAGGGAAAGGCGCUUUUGGAGAGGUUAGGAUCUGCAGGGAGAAGGGAACUGGCCAUGUCUAUGCUAUGAAAAAGCUCAAGAAAUCUGAGAUGCUUCGUAGAGGCCAGGUGGAACAUGUGAAAGCAGAGAGAAAUUUACUUGCAGAGGUUGACAGCAAUUGCAUAGUGAAGCUGUAUUGUUCAUUCCAAGACGAAGAGUAUCUGUAUCUUAUCAUGGAGUAUCUACCUGGUGGAGAUAUGAUGACGUUGCUUAUGAGGAAAGACACACUUACUGAAGAGGAGGCGAGGUUUUAUGUUGGGGAGACUGUCUUAGCUAUCGAGUCCAUUCAUAAGCACAACUAUAUCCACAGAGAUAUCAAGCCUGAUAAUCUGCUACUGGACAGAAGCGGUCACAUGAAACUAUCAGAUUUUGGAUUAUGUAAGCCAUUAGACUGUAGUAUUCUGGAGGAAAAGGAUUUCACAUUUGCGCAGAACGUUAGUGGGGCUUUACAAAGCGAUGGUCGCCCUGUGGCGCCUAGACGCUCCCGCUCCCAGAUGGAACAGCUUCAGAACUGGCAGAGAAACAGAAGGAUGCUUGCUUAUUCAACAGUUGGAACUCCUGAUUAUAUUGCUCCAGAAGUUUUGCUGAAGAAAGGGUAUGGAAUGGAAUGUGAUUGGUGGUCUCUUGGUGCCAUAAUGUAUGAAAUGCUUGUGGGGUUUCCACCAUUUUAUUCAGAUGAUCCAAUGACAACUUGUAGGAAGAUAGUAAAUUGGAGAAACUAUUUGAAGUUCCCAGAAGAGGCUAGAUUAUCACCAGAAGCUAAGGAUCUCAUCUGUAGACUUUUAUGUAACGUAGAACAAAGGCUUGGAACAAAAGGAGCCAAUGAAAUUAAGGAUCAUCCUUGGUUCGUAGGUGUGGAAUGGGGAAAGUUAUAUCAAAUGAAGGCUGCUUUUAUUCCCCAAGUCAAUGACGAGUUGGACACCCAGAACUUCGAAAAGUUUGAUGAGACUGACAAGCAAGUUUCAAAGGUGACAAGAUCAGGUCCAUGGAGAAAGAUGCUGUCAUCUAAAGACAUAAACUUUGUGGGUUAUACUUACAAGAACGUUGAAAUAGUGGAUGAAGAUCAGUUGUCAGGGAUAGCUGAGCUGAAGAAGAAGAGCAGCAAGCCAAAGCGGCCAUCAAUUAAAUCCCUCUUUGAGGAUGAAUCAGCGAGUAGCAACACAAGUCACCAAGGAAGCUUCUUGAACCUCUUGCCACAAGUUCCAGAGAAAGAAGGCAAAUCCAGCUCAUCAUCCGGUUGACGACAAUGUGGCUGUCACAAGCCUAAACCAAAACUUGUAGAGAGACAGAGAGAGAUACAACAUUCAUUUUAAAUUAACAGGUUUGAGUUUUCGAAUUCAGGGUUCGAGAAAGUACAGUUUCCCCUCGUGCCCUUUGAUAUUUGUGUGGAGAUAGAGAGAGUUUUUAAGUAUUGUUCAAACAGUUUCCAGAGAGAGAUUGAUAUGGUUUGGUUGAUUUGAUAUCUUCUUGUUCAAAAGGUGGUUUUAUUUUAAGUACAAACCAAGUAAAAUAUUAUCAUUA